AUGUCCCGUGCCUCACUCGGCAAGCGGACGAGGUCCGUCCAGAAUCAAGGUAAGCUCAUCACAGCUUCCUUCCAAUGGCCCUUUCUCACAGCCAGUCUAGACUUGGUCGAACUUCCUGCCAAGCGUACCAGGCGACAGACUCGGGCUGCUUCAGAGAAUGAGGAGAAUGUGGACCCCGAAGCAACUGCCUUGCCAGAUGUCGAAAACGAGCUUGACGACAUCUACGUUGCGCCGGCUUCGAAGAGGCUUAGACGCUCUCACUCCCAGACUUUCUCGAAGACGAUCCCAAUAACGCCCCAGACUCCACGACACCGAGAUGUCUUCGCUAACUCUCCCUCAACCCCUCGCCAGGUGGUCAAGUCUGCUGGCAAGCUUUUUCAGAGGUUGACGCCUCAAUCUCCACUGACACCCGGCUCUCUACAAACCGUCUACCACUCUGCCCGACAACUUUUUGCUCGGGGUGCCGAUCCUGGCGAGCUCGUUGGACGCGAGAAGGAACGAGAGCAACUGGCCCAAUUCGUCCAACGAUGCUCCUCCACAACUCCCAAUGGAUGCCUCUAUGUUAGCGGACCCCCUGGAACCGGGAAAAGCGCAAUGGUCAAGGGGAUUACGGAGCGGCCGGCAAGAGAAACCGCUGUGCGCCAAGCAUACGUCAACUGUAUGAGCAUUAAGUCGUCGAAGGACCUUUACAAUACCUUGUUGGAGCUUCUAGGACAUGAAAGCGAUCUGUCAGAAGCGGUGGCGAUGGAGGAGUUGCAAAAGAUAUUUGUUACGAAGAAGAAAGGCUCACCCGUCUACCUCCUCGUCUUGGACGAAAUCGAUCACAUCCUGACGAUGGGUUUGGAAAGUCUGUACCGGUUGUUCGAAUGGUCUUUGCAACAGCCCUCGCGACUGGUGCUGAUUGGCAUUGCGAACGCGCUCGACCUCACGGCCCGAUUUCUGCCACGAUUGAAAUCCAAAAAUCUCAAGCCGGAUCUUCUUCCCUUCCACCCGUACUCAGCUGCCCAAAUCAAGAGCAUCAUCACCACUCGCCUGAUGACGUUGUUGCCGACCGACAGCAGCAACAAGAUACUUCCCUUUUUUCAUCCUGCAGCCAUUGAGCUCUGUUCGCGCAAGGUGUCGAGCCAGACCGGGGAUUUGCGUAAGGCUUUCGAAAUCUGCCGAAGAGCACUGGACAUUGUCGAGUCAGAGACCAGACGGCAACACGAGAACGAAGCAAGAGAAAAGGUUCUACAGAUGACACCAUCCCGAAAGCCUCUCGACGAAAACCUGAAUAUGGCUGGUCCUGGUUCCAGCGGGUCCUCGAGGAGCGUCUCACACGUCGCUGCAACAUCCCUCAAGGCACUUACAGCUGAGAGUGCACCCCGAGUGCUCCUCAAGCAUCUGAACCAAGUUACGCAGGCAGCCUUCAGCAAUGGGACCAACCAAAGGUUGAAGGCCCUCAACCUUCAACAAAAGGCGGCGCUCUGCUCAUUGGUGGCUCUCGAAAAGCGCAACCGAGCGUUAAGGAUGACUGCUGCCCCGUCUACCCCCACCAAGUCACAAAUGAUGGCACCCACAGUCAAAACUCUGUUUGAGACGUAUUCUAUCCUUUGCACCAGAGACUCAGUUCUACACCCGCUGUCAAGCUCAGAGUUUCGAGAGGUCAUCGGAAGUUUGGAGACACUGGGUUUGGUCAACCCUGUUGAUGGAAAGACAGGUGGACUUAUAAUGACACAGACACCAAGCAAGAGAGGCCGCAAGGCGGCGCUUCCCACUGGAGAGGACAAGCGGGUGGCCAGCUGCGUUGGCGAAAAAGAAAUGGAGAACAUUGCCGAGGGAGUUGGUGCGGGUAUUUUGUCGAGCAUUCUCAGCGGCGAGGCAUUGGAUUGA